CUGAAAGCCUUCCAGUUCCAUUCACAAGAAGCUGCUGUUGGUGGAAUGUUUAGGAUCCUUAGAGCAAUCUUGGAGAACAGUCAGGUGUUGCAGUAUCCCUUUCACCAUGUGAGGAGACAUGUUCUCUGCUGCCCACCAAAUGAUGUCUUGUCUCCAAGAUUUUGUUACUGCUUAGACGGUAUCAAUGGAGCAUAUUCAGGGAGCUUGGAAGACCAUCAGUAAUGGUUUUGGAUUCAAGGAUUCUGUCUUUGAUGGAUCGAACUGUAUUUCGCCUACUAUUGUUCAGCAGUUUGGUUAUCAGCGCCGAGCGUCUGAUGAUGGCAAACUCUCAGACACCUCCAAGACUAGCAGUACUAUUCGGGUUUUUUUGCCUAACAAGCAACGCACGGUGGUGAAUGUGCGAAAUGGAACGACUCUCCACGAUUGUCUUAUGAAGGCCCUCAAAGUAAGAGGCUUGCAGUCAGAAUGCUGUGCAGUUUUUCGGCUUUUUAAUGAACAAAAAGGUAAAAAAGCACGUUUGGAUUGGAAUACAGAUGCUGCCAGUUUGAUUGGAGAGGAACUGCAAGUAGAUUUCCUUGAUCAUGUUCCACUCACAACACACAACUUCGCUCGGAAAACCUUUCUAAAACUUGCUUUCUGUGACAUCUGCCAGAAGUUCUUGCUAAAUGGGUUCCGGUGUCAGACAUGUGGCUACAAAUUCCAUGAGCAUUGCAGCACGAAAGUUCCAACCAUGUGUGUGGACUGGAGCAAUAUAAGGCAACUCCUGUUGUUCCCAAAUUCAAAUGUCAGUGACAGUGGUGUUCCUACAUUACCUUCGUUGACAAUGCGGCGGAUGCGGGAGUCUGUUUCCCGAUUACCUGUUAGUUCUCAGCACAGAUAUUCUACACCUCAUGCCUUCACAUUCAACGCAUCAAAUCCUUCGUCUGAGGGCUCCCUUUCCCAAAGGCAGAGAUCUACAUCCACCCCAAAUGUUCACAUGGUCAGCACUACUGUGCCGGUAGACAGCAGGAUAAUUGAGAAUAAUACCCUGAAUGAUUCUCCCAGUUCCUGGUGCAGGCGAUUUUGUUUGAGGGGAAGAGAUGCAGUUCGGAAUCACAGCGAAUCAGCAUCACCCUCAGCUCUGGCAGGGAGCCCCAACAAUAUGAGUCCAACUGGGUGGUCUCAGCCCAAAACUCCAGUCCCAGUCCAAAGAGAGAGAGCCGCUGGAUCCAAUACACAAGAAAAGAACAAAAUUAGGUCUCGUGAACAAAGAGAUUCAAGUUAUUAUUGGGAAAUAGAAGCAAGUGAAGUUAUGCUUUCUACCAGAAUAGGGUCGGGUUCUUUUGGGACUGUUUACAAAGGCAAAUGGCAUGGGGAUGUAGCAGUGAAGAUACUAAAGGUUGUAGAUCCAACCCCAGAACAGUUUCAGGCCUUCAGAAAUGAAGUGGCUGUAUUAAGGAAAACACGGCAUGUAAAUAUUUUGUUAUUCAUGGGCUACAUGACGAAAGAUAAUCUGGCUAUUGUUACACAGUGGUGUGAAGGAAGCAGUCUGUAUAAACGUAUUCAUGUUCAAGAGGCCAAAUUCGAAAUGUUCCAGCGUAUUGAAAUUGCCCGACAGACAGCACAAGGAAUGGACUAUCUACAUGCAAAGAAUAUCAUCCACAGAGACAUGAAAUCAAAUAACAUAUUUCUUCAUGAGGACCGUACAGUUAAAAUAGGAGAUUUCGGUCUGGCAACAGUAAAAUCCAGAUGGAGUGGAUCACAGCAGGUUGAGCAGCCUACAGGUUCAAUCUUGUGGAUGGCACCAGAAGUGAUCCGGAUGCAGGAUAGUAACCCAUUUAGCUUUCAAUCAGAUGUUUACUCCUACGGAAUAGUGUUAUAUGAACUAAUGACAGGGGAGCUGCCAUACUCUCACAUUAACGACCGAGAUCAGAUCAUUUUUAUGGUUGGUCGAGGUUAUGCAUCUCCAGACCUCAGUAAACUGUACAAGAGCUGUCCCAAAGCUAUGAAGAGGCUUGUAGCAGACUGUGUCAAGAAAGUUAGGGAAGAAAGACCUCUGUUUCCACAGAUUCUGUCUUCCAUUGAAUUGCUGCAGCAUUCUUUACCCAAAAUUAACCGGAGUGCUUCUGAACCUUCUCUGCAUCGCGCAGCCCACGCAGAGGACAUCAAUUCAUGCACGUUAACAUCCACAAGGCUACCUGUGUUUUAGGAUUUCCACACUGCUGCCCUUGCUCUCCCCAAUAAUGAGAAAGUCGUAGCAGUUGUGUUUUUUAAUGCCUCAGUGUACAGGAUCGCAGUGCAAGUGGGAUUCUCUGCAUCCCAGGUUUUAGAACCAGCUGCUUAAGGAUUGCUCCGGUUCUAGUCCUGCAGGGACAUGGCUCCAUGUUGCCUUUUUCUACAAUGUCUUUUACUGGGAUAGAGUUAACUGAGACUAUAAUCAAGAAAAUCUAUUACUAUUUUUUUAAUAGAUGCACUUGAGCCUUACUUUCCCAUAAGCAGAAGAGGGACAUUUCUGUGGAAGUGUUCCUGUCUUGAUUUGAUUCUGUUGAAUAAAUUGGUAUUUUAUAGCAAGGAUAGCUCACCAUUUGAGGAAUAAUGCCGAUUUGAUGCUGUUCUUUGAGUGUCCCAAGCCAUGUGCUACUUCACAGUGAGUAAAUUUUGACUAAAAUGGGCAUUUUCAAACUGGCCUGAGGGAAGCAGACAAAGAAAAGCCUGGAAUUGAUUCCUGUGAAGAAUGUUUCAUCAAACAGAUGAAAUUGAUCAAAAGUCUGGUCAUCUGAUUUUGCACGUUGAAGAGAAAAACUCCUGCAGUGGGAUGGAAUGCAUUCUGAACAGUGCUGCUCAGAGAAGGAAGCUAGCACAAUCUCACUAUGGUCAUCUUUAGUAACUUAAGCAGUUUAUAUUGGUACUAUGGACUUGCUUCUUGCAGCCCAGUGAGGUAUCAAGUGCAGGAUGACAGACUUCUGUUGAAGAGAAGUGGCUAAGUAACAAAUCAGUGUAUUUCUGCAAAACAAGCAUGGUCUUCAACCCACCUGAAGCUGUCUUCCGAGAGAUGCACUAUAAGGCAGAAACUGAGGGUAUACAGUUUUUCUUGCUGAUUUGGGUUUUAAUUGUUUUUAUUGCUCCACAAAAAUGCAUUUAUUGUAAGUCCAGGUUCCUCUGAUUAUCUUAUUUUAAUAAAAUAAAUUAAAUUUAGGCUUUUAAGUUCAGAGUCGUUCUUUAGUGCAGCAUCUUAGUUCCAAGAAGUCUAUUUAGAUGGAUACAUCCAAGAAAAUUUUUCACUUGUCCAUAUAGGCGGUAUAAAGACACUACAGCAAUUCUCCAUUACAUCAGAUACCCUUUACUAGCACGAACAAGAGUUGCCAUAAGUUUCCAAACAUUUGCAUGUUCUUCAUAUAUCAUGCAUGUCUGUAUUAUACUGUGUUGUCAUUAAACAUUUAGCAACGUGGAGCUCCCUGUAAAGCGGUACUUUGACCUUUGAUGGCAAGAUAGCCUAAAAGUUCCCUCUUGUUGACUUCUACUUCCAUACUAUCCCUCUGAUGAUAACUACAGCAUUGCUUAAAAAUAUAAGUCCAUGGAAUGUAUUUUACCCUGCUCUCUCUCAUCUUCUUUCAAGAAGCGUCAGCUGGCCCAUUUCUGCUCUUCCAUCAGUCUGUCUUCUCUUGGAAAGCAGAUGCACAGUGUGGCCAGUAAACUCAAGAUGGCAAAGAUUAGGAAUGGCAAAAGAACCCAAUCUCAAACCAUAGGUCAUUUGUUAUUUCUCUC